AUGGCAUCCGCUUUAGCACCAGCACCGCCCUCAACAUCGAAACCGCUUCCCAUCAUCCACCUGAACGGCUUCCCAGGGACUGGCAAGCUUACCAUCGCGCGCGCCUUCCAGCAGCAACUCGGGGCAUGUUGCCAGCUGGUGCACAACCAUCUGCUCAUCAACCCCGCUGACGCGGUGCUGCACCGCUCCGAGGCCGGCUACCAAGACCUCCGGCGCGCGGGGCUCCCGGCGAGCCACCGCUUUGCCUACGUCUUCACCGAUUUCCAGUCCACCGACGCCGUCGGGAGCGCCGUGUGCGCCGAGUACCUGGCGGCGGCGCGUGCCCGCGGCGCGGCACUGGUGUCCGUCGUUAUGCGCUGCGACGAGGCGACUAACCUGAUGAGGCUACAGGUCGCGCAUCGCGAGACUCAUCACAAAAUCGUCGACCCGGAGCUGUUGCUCAUUUUUCGUAGGGGCACUGAAAUUCACCGCUUCGACGAGCCGGGUGUGACGAGCUUGGACAUGGACGUGACCGGUUUGAGUGCGGCCGAGGCGUCGCAGCGUAUUCUGGAGCAUGUGUUGAGAGUCUGCCCUGAGUUGGAGGAUGAAGUUACAGCGGCCAAAGACUGUUGA